AGGAGCAUCAGACUGCAAUCCUCAGUUCCAGCCAGUGGCAUAAGACGAAUGGCCACCUCUCAUAUUUCAGACUGGGGAAGGAAUGCCUGAGGCAAAUUGGAGAAAAUGGCUUGGAAUUCCAAUGACCCACAGAAAAAACUGUCUCCUCAAAUUUCCCUGACCUGACUCCAAGGUUAUAUGUAGAACUCUUAUGCUCUGCAGUUAACUUUUGUUUAAAAAAAAACAACAUUCAGCAAAACAAUCCCUCAUCUCAAGAUGCUGACGUCAUACGGGUGACGUUUUUUCGGCGGUGGCGGGAAAGUAAUGCCGGGUUUGUGGCCCAGGCGAUAGAUGAAACUUCUCGCGCUCCGUCAGACACGCCCUCCUCCCCGCUCCAGCCCCUCCCCCGCACGCCGUUGAUGGGCCAAGCGUGUCAGUCAAAGUGUUACUCUGCAGGGUAGUUUGAAUACAGUUUACUGCUAGUGGAAAAAAGAAUAUUUUUCAAACAUGUCUAAGAUUGAUAAAAUGAGCAUUCUUGGAGUGAGGAGCUUUGGUGUGGAGGAUAAAGAUAAACAAGUUAUCACUUUCUUUAAUCCACUAACUAUUUUGGUGGGCCCAAAUGGUGCUGGAAAAACGACUAUUAUAGAAUGCCUCAAAUAUAUUUGUACUGGGGAUUUUCCACCCGGCAGCAAAGGAAAUUCAUUUGUUCAUGAUCCAAAAGUUGCAAAUGAAACAGACGUCAGAGCUCAAAUAAGACUUCAAUUUCAUGAUGUUAAUGGAGAGCUUGUUGCUGUCCAGCGGUCCAUGAUAUGUUCUCAGAAAGGAAAGAAGACAGAAUUUAAAACUCUUGAAGGAGUAAUUACAAGAAUAAAGCAUGGGGAAAAAGUCAGUCUGAGCUCCAAGUGCGCAGAAAUUGACCGAGAGAUGAUUACGGCCCUUGGAGUUUCUAAAUCUGUAAUUAAUAAUGUCAUUUUCUGCCAUCAAGAAGAUUCCAACUGGCCUCUAAGUGAAGGAAGGGCUCUGAAGCAGAAAUUUGAUGAGAUCUUUUCAGCCACAAGGUAA